AUGCAUCGGCAGCAGCAGCAGCAGCAUCGCAGAGGCGGCGGACACGACCAGCAGAGGCACCGAGGCAAUCGCAGCCGCGACGGACCCGCCAAGCAGCGACUGCGCCGCAGAAACGACGAAGAGGAGGAGGUCGCCCUGCUCCUACGCCGCAUCGAAGCCGAGACCCCGCCUGCCGGUGUGAACCCGCUGGUCUAUGACGACCAGCCGGCACCGGCGCGUGCCGCCGCCGAAGCAGCCAGCGGAGCCGACGUGGAGCAGGUGGAGGACGCCGCCGCUGCGGCCACGUCCACGGGGGAGUCUCGCGAAUUCAAGGACCUCCCGAUCUCAUCUCGCAGCCUGCAAGGGCUGGAGAAGGGCGGGUGGAAGGUGAUGACGGACAUCCAGCGUGCCACGCUGCCUCACACCCUUGCCGGACGUGACGUGCUCGCCGCCGCCAAGACCGGUAGCGGCAAAACUCUCGCCUUUGUCGUGCUGGAGAAGCUGUUCCGGAUGAAGUGGACCACGGAGGACGGGCUGGGCGCCCUCAUCAUCUCGCCCACACGCGAGUUGGCCCUGCAGAUCUUUGAGGUCCUCUGCACGGCGGGCUCCAACCACCAGCUCUCGGCGGUGCUGGACGAAGCCGACCGCAUCCUGGACAUGGGCUUCGAGAAGACGGUCAACUCGAUCGUGGAGAGCCUGCCUCGCACGCGGCAGACCCUGCUCUUCUCGGCCACCCAGACCCGAUCCGUCAAGCAAUUGGCGCGGUUGUCGCUGAAGAAUCCCGAGUACAUAGCGGUGCACGAGCAGGAGCAGUACGCCACGCCCAAGAACCUGCAGCAGAACUACCUCGUCUGCCAGCUCCACGAAAAGCUCGACACGCUCUUCUCCUUCCUCAAGACCCACACCAAGCAGAAGAUCCUCGUCUUCAUCUCCAGCUGCAAGCAGGUGAGGUUCGUGUACGAGGCCUUCAGGCAGCUGCAGCCGGGCCUGCCCGUGAUGCACCUCCACGGCAAGCAGAAGCAAAUGAUGCGCAUGGCCACCUACACCAAGUUCUGCGAGCAGAAAUACGCGUGUCUCUUUGCGACGGACGUGGCGGCGAGAGGGCUGGACUUCCCCAACGUGGAUUGGGUGGUGCAGGUGGACUGCCCGGAGGACGUGCCCACCUAUGUGCACCGCGUCGGGCGCACCGCCAGGUUCCAAGCGGGCGGGCGUGCGUUGCUGUUCCUGCUGCCCUCCGAGCAAAAGAUGGCCGACCUCCUCAAGCAAAAGGUGCCCAUCCAGGAAAUCAAGGUGAACCCGCGGCGCACCCUGUCCAUUCAGACCAAGCUGCAGUCCAUUCUCGCUGCCGAACCCUCCCUCAAGUACCUCGCCCAGAAGCCGGCCAAGGACGUGUUUGACGUGAACGCCCUCCCCGCCGAGGAGUUCUCUCUCUCCCUCGGCCUCCUCUCUUCCCCCCGCAUCCGCUUCACCCAGAGCAAGAAGGGCCACAAGAAUGUGUCCUACCAGAUGCAGCAGUCACUCGAGGACGCCGAGCACGAGGACGACGAAGACGAAACCACCGCCGAGCCAAAGCCACCAGCCACCAUCACCGCCAUCGCGGCGCCCACCUGCGGGCACGGCGGAACCUGA